AUGGGCGACGGGUCUGACUAUCCUAGCCCACGAAGUGAAGGUCCUAACGGUGCUCUCGCUGCGUCUAUCCUUGCCUCUACAUCUGAAACCUCGCCACCAAUUGCCAGAAUGAACGAAUCCCAGCCCAUGGCUUACAACAUCGACGGCGCGCGCCCGCGCCUUUCUGUUCGACGCGCCCGUGACCCUCCUAAGAAUUCUGAAGGUCAGAUCUUUUGCGACCAUCCUGAGUGUCAGGCUGCGCCUCCUACUUUCCGUCGUCCAUGUGAAUGGAACAAACAUAUGGAUAAACAUGAUCGUCCCUACAAGUGUUAUGAACCAAACUGUGACAAGAUCCAAGGCUUCACCUACUCUGGCGGCCUUCUUCGUCACCAGCGCGAAGUUCACAAGAAAAACACCGAUACCAAGAAGGCCCUGAUGUGCCCAUACACUGAUUGCAACCGCAGCACUGGUAAUGGAUUUACGCGCCAAGAAAACCUGCGCGAACACCUCCGCCGCCGCCACAUGCACAAUGACGAAGCCCCCACUAUGGUCGACAUGUCUUGGGAUCGCGCCACUGAACUUGAUGGUGUUGAAGGCGUCCGUGCCCCUUCUCUCCCAAUCACUGGAAUGAAGCGUCGCCACGAUUCUCCUGCCGUCGGAGAUCUCCGAGACCUGCCUGAGACUGAUGAGCACGGAAUUGAUCUGCACAACGAAGUUAAGAGACUCCGCCGUGAAGUCCAAGAGAAGGAUCGCCGCCUCGAAGAGCUAGAGCGAAUCGUCGCCAACAUUCAGCAGGCUAUCCCUCAGCAGUCUCCUCCCGUACCCGAACUGCAGGAACUUUCGCAGCCCGCUCCCCAGCCUGCUGCGGCUCCUCCCGUUUAG